AUUGCCUGGGGACUCCCAUCGUCUACUCGCCAGUCAAAGCAGACCUGACUGGAAAUAUCAAGAAAAUCCGGGCAGUUUACGACUCCAACCCCGCCAAGUUCAAAACCCUGCAGAACAUCCUGGAGGUGGAGAAGGAGAUGCACGGCUCGGCCUGGCCCAAGACGGGCGCGACGCUGGCGCUGAUGUGGCUGAAAAGGGGUUUGAAGUUCAUGCUGGUGCUGCUGCAGAGCAUCUCCGACGGCGAGCGGGACGAGGAGCACCCGAACCUCAUCCGAGUGAACGCCUUGAAGGCUUACGAGAUCGCGCUGAAGAAAUACCACGGCUGGAUGCUGCAGAAGCUCUUCACGGUGAGCGUUCGCGUCUCCGCGCGGGAAAGCAAUUUGCUGAAGGCGUUAGAGAAGGGUAAAGAAGUGAAAGAGGAAGAAAGCAUCGAGAAAAUUCACCAGUUUCUCUCAAGGGUCACUCCCAUCCUGGAUGCGAUUUAUGAGAUGUACACAAAGAUGAACGCGGAGCUGAGCUACAAAGCCUGA